GGGAGUCCUUGCGCGAGAGGCUUGGUGCGCGGCGCCAGAGGGAGACCCGGUUUCCUGCGGUGCCGCGGGAGAGCCGGUCACCUGUCCCUGCGGCGGAGCUGCGGACGCCUCACGCAGGGGCCCGAGGACGACCUGGAGCUGUCGCCGAGUCCCCGCACUUCCGAUGCUGGUCGUCUGGCCUGGAACUUGCGAGGCUGGCCGCGCGCUUCUCCGCUCACCUUUUCUGAGGCAAAUUCUCCUCAGCGACCAACAGGCCAGAGGUGGAUGAACCGCUGAGCGGGCGCAGCUUGGGCUCCAGCUGGCGCCGCGGUUGAGGAGCGAGGCGAGCCUGGGGCUCCGGGCGGCGACCGUUCUGUGAGAAUGUACAAUAGUAGAUAAAGAAGAAUCAAAAUAUGUGGACCAGGCUAUAAAUUCUUCAAGAGUCUUUAAAAUGGAAAACCAAACAAAAUAGCUGGAGAAGGUGUCAAAGAGAAGGUAUGUCAUAUCAGCACCAAAAGUACUUCGUGUUGGAGCAUCUGAAAAUAUUGUAAUUCAAGUUUAUGGAUACACUGAAGCAUUUGAUGCAACAAUCUCCAUUAAAAGUUAUCCAGAUAAAAAAAUUAGUUACGCUUCAGCCUCUGUUACUUUAUCCACAGAAAAUAAAUUCCAAAACUCUGCAAUCUUAACAAUACAACCCAAACAAUUGCCUGGAGGACAAAACCAAGUUCCACAUGUGUAUUUGGAUGUUUUAUCAAAGCAUUUUUCAAAAUCAAAAAAAAUGCCAAUAACCUAUGACAAUGGAUUUCUCUUCAUUCAAACAGACAAACCUGUUUACACUCCAGAACAAUCAGUAAAGGUUAGAGUUUAUUCACUGAAUGAUGACUUGAAGCCAGCCAAAAGAGAAAUUGUCUUAACUUUCAUAGAUCCUCAAGGAUCGGGAGUUGACAUUGUAGAAGAAAGUGAUUAUACUGGAAUUAUCUCUUUUCCUGACUUCAAGAUUCCAUCUAAUCCUAGAUAUGGUAUGUGGAAAAUUCAAGCUAAAUAUAAAGAGGACUUUUCAACAACUGGAACUGCAUAUUUUGAAGUUAAAGAAUAUGUGUUGCCACAGUUUUCUAUCUCAAUAGAACCAGAAAAUAGUUUCAUUGGUUAUAAGAACUUUAAUAAUUUUGAAAUUACUAUAAAAGCAAGGUAUUUUUAUAACAAAGUAGUUGCUGAGGCUGAAGUUUUUGUCUCUUUUGGAAUAAAAGAUGACUUACAUGAUGAUAACAAAGUAAUGAUGGAAAAGGCAAUGCGAAGCACAAUGCUGAUAAAUGGAGUUGCUAAAGUCACACUGAACUCUGAAAUGGCAGUUAAAGAAUUGUCCUACAGCAGUCUGGAAGACUUAAACGAUAAGUACCUUUAUAUUGGUGUAACAGUCAUAGAGUCUUCAGGUGGAUUUUCUGAAGAGGCAGAAUUUUCUGCCAUCAAAUAUGUCCUCUCUCCCUACAAACUGUAUUUGGUUGCUACUCCUCUUUUCUUGAGGCCUGGAAUUCCAUAUUCUAUCAAGGUGCAAGUUAAGGAUUCGCUUGAUGAGUUAAUAGGAGGGGUGCCAGUGACCCUGAGUGCACAAACGGUCAGUGACAACCAAGAGACGGCUGAGUUGGAGUCAAAGAAAAGUGUAACAGGUUCCAGUGAUGGAGUAGCUUCAUUUGUGGUGAAUCUCCCAUCUGGAGUGACAGCGCUGGAGUUUACUGUCAGGACCGAUGAUCCAGAUCUUCCAGAAGAAAAUCAGGCCAGCAAAGAUUACAGAGCAGUAACAUACUCAUCUCUCAGCCAAAGUUACCUUUAUAUUGACUGGACUGGAAACUAUAAACCUAUGCUCGUAGGAGAAAAUCUGAAUAUUAUUGUUACCCCCAAAAGUCCAUAUAUUGACAAAAUAACUCACUAUAAUUACUUGAUUUUAUCUAAGGGCAAAAUCGUUCACUUUGGCACAAGGGAGAAACUUCCAGAUUCCCCUUAUCAAAGUAUAAAUGCUCCGGUGACACUGAACAUGGUUCCUUCAGCCCGUAUCCUGGUCUAUUACAUCGUCACAGGAGAGCAGACAGCAGAAUUAGUGUCUGACUCAAUCUGGUUAAAUAUUGAAGAAAAAUGUGGCAACCAGCUUCAGGUUUAUCUGUCUCCAGGUACAGAUUCAUACUCUCCAGGUGAACAUGUAUCUCUUAAUUUGGCAACUCACUCAGAUUCCUGGGUGGCGUUAGCAGCAGUGGACAGUGCUAUAUAUGGAGUCCAAAGGAAGGCCAAGAAGUCCCUAGAAAAAGUAUUUCAAGCUUUAGAGAAGAGUGACCUGGGCUGUGGGGCAGGUGGUGGCCGCAACAAUGCAGAGGUAUUCCGCCUGGCUGGACUCACCUUUCUCACCAAUGCAAAUGCAGAUGACACCCAAGAAAAUGAUAAACCUUGUGAAGAAAUUCUCAGGCCAAGAAGAAUGCUGCAAGAGAAAAUAGGGGAACAAGCUGCGCAAUACAAACAUAUGCAAGUGAAAAAAUGCUGUUUUGAUGGAGCUUAUCGUAAUGAUGAUGAAAGCUGUGAACAGCGAGCUGCCCGGAUUAAGUUAGGCCCAAGAUGCAUCCAAGCUUUUUUGAAUUGUUGUACCAUAGCACACCUGUUCCGUGCUGAAGAGUCUCAUAAACAUAUGCAUUUGGGAAGGCUACAUAUACGGCCCCUGGCACCAGUAACCAAAGCAGAAAUAAGAAGCUAUUUUCCAGAAAGCUGGUUAUGGGAAGUUCAUCGUGUCUCCAGAAGAAAGGAGUUGCAGUUUGUGCUACCUGAUUCUCUAACUACCUGGGAAAUUCAAGGUGUUGGCAUUUCAGACAGUGGUAUAUGUGUUUCUGAUACUGUCAAGACAAAAGUAUUCAAAGAUAUAUUCCUGGAAAUGAAUAUACCAUAUUCUGUUGUACGAGGGGAACAGAUCCAAUUGAAAGGAACUGUUUACAACUAUAGGAUGUCUGGGAUAGGGUUCUGUGUUACAAUGUCUGCUAUGGAGGGAAUCUGUUCGUCAGGAAGCCCAGUCAUCAGCCAUCAGGGGAGAAAGACCUCUAAAUGUCUGCAGCAGAGAAUAGAGGGCUCCUCCAGUCAUUUGGUGACCUUUACUGUGCUUCCUCUGGAAAUCGGCCUCCACAACAUCAACUUUUCACUGGAGACUUCACUGGGAAAAGAAAUCUUAGUAAAAACAUUACGAGUGGUGCCAGAAGGUGUCAAAAAGGAAAGUUAUGCUGGUAUUACUCUGGACCCAAAGGGUAUUUAUGGUGUCGUUAGCAGACAAAAGGAGUUCCCAUACAGGGUACCAUUAGAUUUGGUCCCCAAGACAAAAGUCAAAAGGAUUGUGAGUGUAAAAGGACUACUUAUGGGUGAGGUCAUAUCUGCAGUUCUGAGUCGGGAAGGUAUUGAUAUGCUUACCAACCUCCCCAAGGGAAAUGCAGAGGCGGAAUUGAUGAGCAUUGUCCCAGUAUUCUAUGUUUACCACUACCUGGAAGCAGGAGAUCAUUGGAACAUUUUUCAAAAUGCAUUAACUGAAAAACAAUACUUGAAGAGAAAAUUAAAAGAAGGGAUGAUAAGCAUCAUGUCCUACAAAAAUCCUGACUAUUCUUAUAGCAUGUGGAAAGGUGGAGAUGCUAGUACUUGGUUAACAGCUUUUGUUUUAAGAGUACUGGGACAAUUACAUAAAUAUUUACCUCAGGACCAAAACUCAAUUUGUAAUUCUUUAACCUGGUUGGUUGAACAUUGUCAACUAGCAAAUGGAUCUUUCAAGAAAUAUUCCCAUUAUCAACCACUAAAGUUACGGGGAACCUUGUCUACUGAAGCCCAAGAGAGCACCUUAUAUCUUACAGCCUUUACUGUGAUUGGAAUUAGAAAGGCUUUUGAUAUAUGCCCACUAGUGAAAAUCAACACAGCUCUAAAUGAAGCUGACUCAUUUCUACUUGAAAAUGCCCUCUCGGCCCAGAGCACCUUCACACUGGCCAUUGCUGCUUAUGCUCUUUCCCUGGGAGAUACAACUCACUCACAGUUUCGUUCCAUUGUCUCAGCCCUGAAGAAGAAAGCUUUAGUUAAAGGUAUUUCAUCCAGUUAUCGCUUUUGGAAAGAUGAUCAACAGCCGGAUAGCCCUGUACCUAACACUGGUACAGCACAUAUGGUGGAAACCACUUCCUAUGCUUUACUUACCAUUUUGAACUUGAAUGAUUUGAAUUAUGCUAACCCAAUUAUCAGGUGGCUAUCCGAAGAGCAGAGGUAUGGAGGUGGCUUUUAUUCAACCCAGGAUACAAUUAAUGCCAUCGAGGGCUUGACAGAAUAUUCACUCCUGACUAAAAAACUCCAACUGAAUAUGGAUAUCAGUGUUUCUUACAAGCAUAAAGGUGACUUCUAUCAUUAUAAGAUAACAAAGACGAAUUUCCUUGGAAGACCAGUAGAGGUGCCUCUCAAUGAUGACCUCAUUGUCCGUAGUGGAUAUAGCAGUGGCUUGGCUACAGUGCAUGUAGCAACUGUGGUUCACAAAAUUGGUACCUCUGAGGAAUUUUGCAGCUUUCAUUUGAAAAUUGACGCCCAGGACAUGGACGCAUCCAACUUCAGAGACACCUCGGAAUACAAGCGCCUAGUAGCAUGUGCCAGCUACAAACACAGUAAAGAAGAAUCAUCAUCCGGGUCCUCCCAUGCAGUGAUGGAUAUCUCUUUGCCUACUGGAGUCAAUGCAAACACAGAAGACUUAAGAGCUCUUGUAGAAGGGGUGGAUCAAGUAUUAACUGACUACCAAAUCAAAGAUGGGCAUGUUAUUCUGCAACUGAAUUCGAUUCCUUCCAAUGAGUUUGUUUGCAUUCGAUUUCGGAUAGUUGAACUUUUUCAAGUUGGGUUUCUGAAUCCUGCUACUUUCACAGUGUAUGAAUACCACAGACCAGAUAAAAAGUGCACCAUAUUUUAUAGUACCUCCAAUAGCCAACUUCAGAAAGUCUGUGAAGGAGCAACGUGCAAAUGUGUAGAAGCUGACUGUGGACAAAUGCAGCCAGAAUUGGAUUUGACAAUCUCUGCAGAUACUAGAAAAGAAACAGCAUGUAAACCAGAGAUUGCAUAUGCUUAUAAAGUUAGUAUCACAUCCCUCACUGAAGAAAAUGUUUUUGUCAAGUACACUGCAACCCUCCUGGAUGUCUACAAAGCUGGUGAAGCUGCUGCUGAGAAAGACUCUGAAAUCACCUUCAUUAAAAAGGCAACCUGUGUUAAUGCUAACCUGCAAAAAGGAAGGCAGUAUUUAAUUAUGGGUAAAGAAGCUCUCCAGAUAAAACACAAUUUCAGUAUCAAGUACAUCUACCCUUUAGAUUCCUCCACCUGGAUUGAAUAUUGGCCUACAGACACAAGGUGUCCAUCAUGCCAAACAUUUUUAGCCAAUUUAGAUAUGUUUGCUGAAGACAUCUUUUUAAAUGGCUGCGAAAAUCCCUGAAAAAAGUCAUCAGUGUACAGUUUUCACUAUGAAUUCCUGUUGUUGAAGUUUCUUCCUUUUCUUUUUUUAAACGUUCACAGCUGGUCUUAUUUGGAAAGCUCACUUUACUUAGAAUUAGUGGCACUUGCUUUUAUUAGAGAACGGUUUUAAGAGCUGUAACAUUCUGAAAUAACAUGGCCUUGGGGGCAUGGAGACAGGUACUCAUUCCAAGGUUAUUGGACACCAGAAGCAAUAAAUUGGAACGUCUCCUAAAACCUACCACUCAGGAAUGUUUACUGGGGACAAAAGAAUAGCCCAUUGAAAUGUGGUAUCUUAGAAAAACACGCCCUUGCUUAAAAGAAAAUACCAAGGAAGAGAAAACUGAUCAUUAAAGCCUAACUUUGCUUUCAAAAUGUGCAAAAAAGCAGAAAAGCAUGUUAUUUUAUGCUUCACCCACACAAAGACAGGCAAAUUGAGAGGUGGAGAAGGCAGCAGUAGAGAAUCAAGAAGGCCUAACCUUGAAGCCCUCAGCAAACUGAGGAGGUAGGAGAGUUUGCCUUUGCCCUUCCCCUUCGGUUGCCCUCUCCUUUCCCCCUUUCAGGACCUCUAGUUUCUUCCCUUCCCUCCCAGCACAUACUCAUUUCCCCAGGAACUCACCCUUGCUAAUAAUUGUUCUCCUGGAAGAUAGGCCCCAGUGCAGCAACCUGGUGAAAUCAGGAACCAGGAGGCCUUUGUUGUACCCCCAACUAGAUGUCUAAGCCUUCGUUUGGCUUUAUAACAGAGGAAUUAUAACAGGAUGUUCAUUUAAGUGACAUUUUGUAGCACAUUAAAGCUCUCACACAUAUUCCCAUUUAAUGGCUCAAGCAUCUCACAAGGUAUAAGAAUUAUUAUUAUCCACAUUUUACAGAUGAGGACAUGGAGGCCCAGAAAAAUGAAGCAAUUUUCCCAGCCUAUUAAGGGGCAGAGUCAGUGACCACAUCUCAAGGCUCUCUCAGUGUAAGCACACCCCUCUUCUGCAUCACUGCACCCGCCACAUUGCUUGUCAGGUUUCACUUUCUAAGACUAAGACAGGAUGCAGUUGGAGUUUCUCAGAUGUGUAUAGUUUAACCAGCCCCACUGAAAUAUUGCCAAGGAAGUGUGAAGAUAAACUCUGGAUGUAACAGUAACUGUGACUAAAAUGCAUUGCCUUUUUGAAAAAUCUGCUUUUUUUUUUUUUUUAACCAACCCUGCAGUGUGCCUUGUAACACUAAGAUUUUCCACUUCCAGGAACUAAGGAUUUAUUUUUGUUAAUGUCAAAGCUCACAUUGUAGACACUCCCUUGGCAAAAACAACCAGUGUGUCCAAUAUGCCUAAACUCUCUGCCAGCGAGGGGUGAGGGCCCUCCAGAGCAGGCCUGAAGUGUCACCAUCUUUCUGAUGCAGGGUGGAGGGGACCCUGCAGUGCUCCAGGAGCACCAGAGUUUCUGAACUGUUGGGUUGCCUUCUCCCUGAGCACUGUGGCCAAUAGGGUGGGCCACAGUGGCCUAAUUCACCCACAAUACAGCUGAGCUUUUAAACAUCAAAGCAGACCUUUGUGAGUUAGCCUGGCACCACUUAAAAAUCUGCCAGCUCCUCUUCAGCUAAUUCCUAUGCAUUGAAACAUACUUCCUUAGUGAGGCUUUUGUGUCCCUCCAAACAAGCUGGGGCCCUGCACUUCUCUUCCAAGGCACUUGCAAUAACUUACUUAAUCAUGACUAUUGUUUAGUGCGAAGCUUCUGGCUCCACUGUAAGCUCCAUGUGGGUCCAUUCUAUUCACCACUAUUUCCUGUGCCUGGCACAAUGCUGGAAACAUUAUAGGGACUCUGUGGAUCCCCCACUGAGUGUGGGCAUCAGAACGAGGGAGUGGAACACUAGUAUCUCUUUUACCUGUAGCUGUAAGAAGAUAUUUUAUAAUCUUAUGUUGUGAAACAGAAAACAAAACUACGUAGCAUGUAAGCAUCCAAAUCUUGGGUAUUGAUUUCUUUCUGUGAACAUGAAAGGAGCUCAGAGAUGAGUGAUUGAGUGAGCUGCAGGAGCUGCUGGGAGCUUCCUAGAGAAAGAUGGGCGAGAUCUGUGUAAGCAGAGACAGGAGGGUCUUUGUGGUUAUGGAGAAAAGCAUAAGGCAGGUUUCUACUGGUAAUGAGGAGGAGGAUUUAGGUGGUACAAAUGAACACUUCAUUUUAAUAGUUAUAUACUUAUUUUAAUAUAUAUAGAUGGUUCCCAACUUGUGAUGGUUUGACUUAGGAUUCUUCAGCUUUACAAUGGUGAAAAGUGAUACUCAUUCAGUAGAAACCAUAUUUCGAAUGUUGAUCUUUCUCAAGUUAAUGAUAUAUAGCAUAAUACUAACUCAGGAUGCUGGACAACAGCAGCAAGCCGCAGCUCCAUCAGCCACGUGAUCACACAGAUAAAUAACCGAUGCUAUACAGUGCACUGUGUUGCCAAAGUAUCUUGGAUAUUGUGUUUUGACUAUGAUUAAGAUAGGCUAGACUAAGUAAGCCAUAAUAUUUGUUAAGUUAGGUAUAUUAAAUGCAUUUUUUACUUACGAUAUUUUCAACUUGUGAUGGGUUUAUCAAGACAUAACCUCAUCAUAAGUCGAGGAGCAACUAUCUGUAUUAGAAAAAACAUA